UAGCAGCAGCUGCUUCGGCCCAACCAACACACGUCACUAUAUACUUCAACAGAAUACUCUAAUCCAACAAUACUAGCACCAAUCUCAAUCUCUCUCUCUCUCUGACAACUGACCCGUGAGGCCACUCCCAUAUAAACAUCUCUGAACGCUGUCUGAUUCCCAAUACGAAAAGCCAGCAUAAGCGCUUUCCUCACAAGUACUUUUCUUCCUUGCCCACAUCAAAAUUCCCACUUCUGAUUCCAAACCAACGGUCCAGAUCAACCUCUCCUUCCUCCCCCUGUUUCUGCAACUCCACCCCCAUACUUGUACUUACACUCCCCACUCGCACUGAUCAAAUUUCAACAAAACCACCAAAUGGGUGUUCAAAUAUACAAUUUGUCUCUGUCCUCCCUGAUUAUUUUGAUAAUUUCAGCUGCAAGUCUGCAACUUUUAGCAGAAUCCAAGACUUUCUGGGCCGACAUUGAAGCUCUCAAGGAGUUCAAGAACUCACUCAACCCCGAUUCAGUGAGUCCCGGCUCGUGCGUCAGCUCCUGGGACUUCACCCUCGACCCCUGCGACAACCUCUUCAGCGACCGGUUCACCUGUGGCUUCCGAUGCGAACCGGUCGACAACUCCUCGUCCGCCAGCCGGCUCACCGAGCUCACCCUUGACCAGGCCGCUUACUCCGGCUCGCUCUCCUCCCUAUCCUGGAACUUCCAGUAUUUACAAACGCUCGACCUCUCCAACAACUUUUUCUCCGGAUCGAUCCCGGACUCGCUCUCCAACUUAACACGGCUGAGUCGACUCGGUCUCUCCGGCAAUUCGUUCUCCGGCGCUAUUCCCGACUCAAUUGGCUCGCUUUCGAACCUCCAGGAGCUUUUCCUCGACAACAACCGCCUCGACGGCGCAAUCCCACCGAGCUUGAACGGCCUGGCGCAGUUGAAGCGGCUUGAGCUUCAGGGGAACCGGCUCGGCGGCGAGUUUCCCGAAUUGGGUUCUCUCCAGAACCUCUACUACUUGGACGUCAGCAACAACGGCAUAUCCGGCGGCGUCCCAAUAAAUUUUCCGCCAUCUCUGCUCCAAAUCUCCAUGCGAAACAACAGCUUAGAAGGAAGCAUCCCGGAAAACAUCAAACAGUUGGGCUUUUUGCAGGUGCUCGACCUGAGUCACAACCAACUCGGCGGCGCCGUCCCUGCCCACCUCUUCAACCACCCGUCGCUACAGCAGCUCACUCUCUCCUUCAACCAAUUCACGUCCGUACAAUCCCCGGUAUCUCUUUCUCCGGGCACCCAUAGCGAGCUCAUUGCUCUAGACCUAAGCAACAACGACCUCAGGGGGAUGCUGCCGCCGUAUAUGGCGGCGAUGCCGAAGCUCUCAGCUUUGACGCUGGAGAACAAUAAGUUUACGGGUAUGAUUCCGACCCAGUACGCAUUCAAAGUGGCGGUGCCCGGGCCCGGCGUCUCGGCGUUCGAGAGGCUCCUGCUGGGUGGGAACUACUUGUUCGGACCCAUACCGGGUCCACUGCUGCGGUUAAAACCGGGUUCGGCGAAUGUGGGUUUGGGGGAUAACUGCCUGUACAGGUGUCCGAGAGUUUUCUUCUUUUGUCAAGGUGGCGAUCAGAAAUCGUUUCAUGCGUGUAGAAGCUUCGGCCCGAUGAUCCCAUGAAUAAGAACAUGAAUUAACGUUAUUAUUGUUGUAAGAUUAUGACAUAAUAUUGGAUUAAUUUCAUUUUCCA